CGAUGCCUGAGGGGCUUACGAGGGGGGCAGUCCUCCACCGAGCUCUGUGGGCCCCUGAAUAGCCAGGGAUGGCAGGGUUCGUUGCCAGGAGUUCGCCUCUCAAGCCUGAGACUGCCGUGACCCGGUACAGGGGUGACAUGGCCACGACCCAGCCUGACAUGAUGGGGCCCUGCCCUCACUAGCUAUCCCCAGCCCCAGGCCAGCAGAACCUGGGCCUGGGCCAGGCAGGUGGGUGUGAGCAUCCUUACAAAGGCGCUUGCCUUCCAGGAUGGAGGCCUCCUGUCUGGAGCUGGCACUGGAAGGUGAGCGGCUGUGCAAGGCGGGGGACUUCAAGGCAGGCGUGGCCUUCUUUGAGGCUGCUGUGCAGGUGGGCACCGAGGACCUGAAGACGCUGAGUGCCAUCUAUAGCCAGCUGGGCAAUGCCUACUUCUAUCUGAAGGAGUAUGCCCGGGCCCUGCAGUUCCACAAACAUGACCUACUGCUGGCACGGACCAUCGGCGACCGCAUGGGGGAGGCCAAGGCCAGUGGGAACCUGGGCAACACACUCAAGGUCCUAGGCCGGUUCGAUGAGGCCAUCGUCUGCUGCCAGCGACACUUGGACAUUGCCCAGGAGCAGGGGGACAAGGUUGGGGAGGCGAGAGCACUCUACAACAUUGGAAAUGUGUACCACGCCAAGGGCAAGCAGCUGUCCUGGAAUGCUGCACAGGACCCUGGGCACCUGCCACCUGAUGUCCGUGAGACACUCCACAGGGCCUCUGAGUUCUAUGAGAGGAACCUGUCCCUGGUGAAGGAACUAGGCGAUCGGGCGGCCCAGGGCAGGGCCUAUGGCAACCUGGGUAACACCCACUACCUUCUGGGAAACUUCAACGAGGCCACAACCUUCCACAAAGAGCGCCUGGCCAUCGCCAAGGAGUUUGGAGACAAGGCAGCCGAGAGGAGGGCCUACAGCAACUUGGGCAAUGCCCACAUCUUCUUGGGGCGCUUUGAUGUGGCUGCCGAACACUACAAGAAGACGCUGCAGCUGUCUCGGCAGCUCAGGGACCAGGCAGUGGAAGCGCAGGCCUGCUACAGCUUGGGCAACACCUACACGCUGCUGCAGGACUACGAGCGUGCUGCUGAGUACCACCUGCGGCACCUGGUCAUUGCCCAAGAGCUGGCUGAUAGGGUGGGAGAGGGCCGGGCGUGCUGGAGCCUGGGGAAUGCCUACGUGUCCAUGGGGAGCCCCGCACAGGCCUUGACUUUUGCCAAGAAACACCUGCAGAUCUCCCAGGAGAUCGGAGACCGAAACGGAGAGCUCACAGCCCGCAUGAAUAUUGCCCAGCUGCAGCUGGCACUGGGCCGGCUGACUAGCCCAGCAGCGGCAGAGAAGCCAGAUCUGGCUGGCUAUGAGGCGCAAGGGGCUAGACCCAAGAGGACACAGAGGCUGAGCGCUGAGACCUGGGACCUGCUACGGCUCCCCCUGGACCGGGAGCAAAAUGGAGACACCCACCACACAGGGGACUGGAGGGGACCAGGCAGGGACUUGCUCCCCCUCCCCAUGAGGAGCAGGAAGUACCAGGAAGGGGCAGAUGCCACUGAGAGGCGACCUCGGGAGGGCAGUCACUCUCCACUGGACAGCGCUGACGUAAGGGUACAGGUGCCUCGUACGGGUAUUCCCAGAGCCCCAUCUUCUGACGAGGAGUGCUUCUUUGACCUGCUGAGUAAGUUCCAGAGCAGUCGCAUGGAUGACCAGCGCUGCCCCCUGGAGGAAGGCCAGGCAGGGGCCGCCGAGGCCACAGCUGCCCCAACCCUGGAGGAGAGGGCAGCUCAGCCCUCCGUGACGGCUUCACCACAGACUGAGGAGUUCUUUGACCUCAUUGCCAGCUCUCAGAGCCGCCGGCUCGAUGACCAGAGGGCUAGUGUGGGCAGCCUGCCAGGGCUGCGCAUCACCCUCAACAAUGUGGGCCACCUCCGAGGCGACGGGGACCCUCAGGAGCCAGGGGAUGAGUUUUUCAACAUGCUUAUCAAGUACCAGUCCUCCAGGAUUGAUGACCAGCGCUGCCCACCCCCGGAUGUGCUGCCCCGAGGCCCCACCAUGCCUGACGAGGAUUUCUUCAGCCUUAUCCAGAGAGUUCAGGCUAAGCGGAUGGACGAGCAGCGUGUGGACCUUGCUGGAAGCCCGGAGCAGGAGACCAGUGGGCUGCAUGAACCUCGGCAGCCAUGUCCACCAGGUGCCAGCUAAGGCCUCACCCCUCCAGCCAGGCAUGCCCUGCCCCGGACUCUGGGGAUUCAGUUGUCCACGGUGGCCAUGACCCCUUGAUAAGCCAAAUCUUCCCUAGGCCAUGAUGGAGAGCCAGCUCAGCCCUCAACCCCUUCCCACUGAGCCAGAUGGUGGGCACCCAGCCCUCAAGGAACCCCCACCCCAGGGUGCUGGGCUCAGGCUAGAGCUGCUGUAUGGGGGAGGGCAUGCUUCUGUCCCCAUGUGGCCCAUAGCUUCCUGCAGGCCCCGCCCUGCCCUGCUCCAGGCCGGGCCUUCAGCAUGUUGGCCCCAAGCCCCGGUGCUGUCCAGACCCUCAAGCCCUGCCCUGCCAAAUGUGAAAUUUUGCCAACUCACCCUAGCUCCCCACAGGAGCCUAAAAGACUUCUGGGGUCUACAGUGGCAUGGCAUGUUCUGUCCCCCAGCUGGUCCUGGGAUGGCUAUGCAGGAGGUACACUCAGUAUUCUGCCUCACCUCCCCAGGGCAGGCCCUAUUCUGGCCUGUCUGUGCCCAACUCCGCUGCGGGAGAUUGGCAGCUACAAAGUCCAGACACCCUGACCAAGCAGUCCCCAGCCUUGCACUUGGUCUUUGAGGAAGGAUGGACCUUCUCCAGCAGGGGGACAAGGCAAGCCUCCGAGCCAAAAACACAGGCAGGGUCUUGUCAUAGGAGGACUCUUGUCCUGCUGGCUGGCAGAGGGUAUUCAUGAGGGAUCUGCUCAACUAGACCCUCCAGUCCCCUCAGUGACCAUCCACCCCAUUCUACUAGGGAAAUGAUAUCUUGGCUUUCUCCUCGAGGGGUCCAGUUGCAUUAUCUUGAGUUGGACACAGGGCAUUGUAGUUGGGGUGGAGAUUCAGGCCAGAUUGCUGGGGCAUCCAUGAGACAGACCUUUGGGGACUAUGGUCCCAGCUCUUACCUGCAGAUCCUGCAGGUAGCCCUACUGGAGGGCUCUGUACAACCUUCCAAUGCCAGGGCCUCUUACCCUGCAGCCUAGGAGGGGCCAGAGCAAGGGAAACUGAAGGGCCAGCCCUGGGGACCCAACUUCUGAGAGACAACAGCACCCCAAGGGCAGGAGCAAAUACCAGAGCACAGGGUCUCGGGCGGGACAUAGUGGCCGCCUGCAUACUUGAAUGUACAUGCGUAUUUAUUGCUCACAUGUGUUUGCCAUGUUAUCCACGGGUUCUUUCCAACCCGAGAGGUACGUUUUUGUUUGACCCAAAAAUAAAAGUCUGCCAAGUGA